GGUAUAUACGACACCUCUAUUUCUUAUCUUCCACUCAUAAUGGCAUUUGUCAAGUCCACUGGACUACCCCAGUUUUCGUCGAAGGAUUACAGUUCCUUCUUUCUUGCGGGUGCUUUGUGUUGCACGAUAAGUCAUGGUGCAAUGACCCCUAUCGACGUCGUGAAGACUCGUAUACAGAUCGACCCGUCCUACAAGGGUUUGGGAUUUGUGUCUGGAACACGCUAUGCCAUUGCGAAUGAAGGAGUAUCAACCCUUCUCACUGGAUUCGGUCCAACAGCUUUCGGUUAUUUCGCCCAGGGCGGGGUGAAGUUUGCUGGAUACGAAUUCUGGAAACUCACCCUCGUCAAGUUUUCCGGAGAUCAAGAGACGGCGAUAAAAUAUCGUACUGCAAUUUAUUUGGGUGCAGCGAGUAUCGCCGAAUUCUUUGCUGACAUCCUUUUGACACCCCUGGAAGCAACUCGAAUUCGUAUGGUAUCGGAACGAGGGUACGCCACUGGUAUUGUCAGCGGGUUUACACGUUUGUCUCGGGAAGCCGGUGUGUCUCAGCUUUAUGCUGGUUUCCUUCCCAUCCUCUGCAAACAAAUCCCAUACGCUAUCGGUCAAUUCACUGUGAACGAAUUUUGUCACGAGCUAGCGUACCGGAGCAUGUCUGAAGAGACGAAACGUUCCUUGUCUGACACCCAUAAAUUCGGACUUUCUCUUAGCAGCGGCAUUACCGCUGGCUUUGCUGCCGCUAUUCUUAGCCAUCCAGCCGAUACUCUUCUAAGCCAGAUCAAUAAAGGACACGGUCCGACAGGUUCCAUGACGCAUCGUUUGGCAGUCCUGGCUCGAGAAGCUGGGUUUAAAGGCCUGUUUGCGGGUUUAGGACCCAGAAUGAUUAUGACUGCUGGACUUGUUUCUUCACAGUUCCUCAUGUACGGAGGAAUCAAGAAUGCUUUGGGAGCCCCCGCUGGGGUAGAAAUCCACAAGGCAGCAUAAAUUUCCAUUUUCUCUCGCUAUCAGUUAGAUCCUAUAUUCCAGUACGAGUACAGUUCCGUAUAGUGUAUGUUAUUAAUUACUAUUCUUCGUCCGUCGGUCUCCCGAGUAUUUCUGCCAAUCGCCUUUUGAUGCUGCCGUCUUCAUUCUCGAGGUCCCAAGUAAGAAAUCUGCGGCAAACGGCCUCAGCAUCUUUCAGAUCUUUACGUUCUUCCUCUGUCAUUUCUUC